AUGUCUUCCUUUCUAUUCAAAGGCAGUAGAUAUUCAUCUUUCUUUCUUUCUUUCUUCCAUCCUUUUUCAUUUCUUUCUUUUUUUCUUUUUUCUUUUAUUAUUUCUUUAUUCGCCUUUAUAUAUAUAUAUAUAAAAAAUAAAAAUAAUAUACAUUUUUCUUUGUUUCUUUUUUCACUUUCUUUCAUUUUAUUUUCUUUCGAUUUACCUUUUUUCAUUCAUUCAUUAUCCUUCCUUUCUGUCUUUCUAUAUCCAAUUUUUUUCAUUCUUUCUUUCCUUAUCUGUGUUUAUAUAUAUGAAAACAACACUCUUGUUCUCGGUUUACCAUUCUUUCUUUUUUUAAUUGCUUAUUUUUUCUUUCUUUUCCUUUUUUCUUUCUUUCACUCUUUCAUAUUAUCUCCUUUCCUUUCUUUAAGUGAUUCUUUCUUUCUUUCUGUAUAUGAAAAUAACACUUUAGUUCUGCGUUUCUCUUUCUUUCUUUAUGUUAAUCUAUCUAUCUAUCUAUCUAUCUAUCUAUCUAUCUAUCUAUCUAUCUAUCUAUCUAUCUGGCUGGUCACUCGUAUCCGAGGAUGCCCGUCUACUAGCUUCCUGCCUCCUCCACGCCUUUACCUCUUGUUUUUUUUUUAUUCUCUUCAUUUCUCUCUCUUCAUUUCCCUCUCUGUCUCCCCACAAUCUCACCAACACCGUCGCUACAUUUCUUCCUCUCUCCUCGUGUCUAAUAGUCACUCUUUUCUAGCCCCUCUCACUUUCAUUCGCUUCAACUCUCUUUUUCUCUUUUCUCAUCUUUCGGCGUUUUUUUUCUCUACAUAUAUCCACCUCUUUCUUUAUUUCUCCUUCAUUUUAUUUCUCGCACUAUAUCUGCUAUCUACUUUUUCUCAUACCGUCUGUUCCUCGCGCCCUCUCUCUGCUUCCAUCUCUCUCUUCUCUCUCUAUCUCUUCAUCUCUCACCAUUUCCUCUCCACAUAUUUCCUUCCCUUUCCUUAUUUCUUUUAUCACUCUUUCUUUCUCGCAUUGUCUUUUCCUAUCUACUAUUUCUCAUACCGUCUAUUCCUCGCGCCCUCUCUCUGCUUCCAUCUCUCUCUUUCUCUCUCUAUCUCUCUUCAUCUCUCACCAUUUCACUCUCCACAUAUUUCCUUCCCUUUCCUUAUUUCUUUUAUCACUCUUUCUUUCUCGCAUUGUCUUUUCCUAUCUACUAUUUCUCAUACCGUCUGUUCCUCGCGCCCUCUCUCUGCUUCCAUCUCUCUCUUUCUCUCUCUAUCUCUCUUCAUCUCUCACCAUUUCACUCUCCACAUAUUUCCUUCUCCUUCCUUAUUUCUCUUAUCACUCUUUCUUUCUCGCAUUGUCUUUUCCUAUCUAUUUUUUCUCAUACCGUCUGUUCCUCGCGCCCUCUCUCUGCUUCCAUCUCUCUCUUUCUCUCUCUAUCUCUCUUCAUCUCUCACCAUUUCACUCUCCACAUAUUUCCUUCCCUUUCCUUAUUUCUCUUAUCACUCUUUCUUUCUCGCGCUGUGUCUUCUCCUAUCUACUAUUUCUCAUACCGUCUGUUCCUCGCUCCCUCUCACUGCUUCUAUCUUUCUCUUUCUAUCGCUCCUUCUCUCUCUUUCUCUCUGUGCACAUCUCUCAGCGUUUCUCUCUCUACACAUCUCCUUCUCAUUCCUUAUUUCUCUUAUCUCUGAUUUUUUUCUCGCAUUGUUUCUUCUCCUAUCUACUAUUUCUCAUAUCGUCUCUUCCUCGCGCUCUCUCACUAUUUCCAUGUCUCUUUUUCUCUUUCUCUCACUCUCUGUGUUCAUCCUCUCAGCUUUUCUCUCUCUACAUAUCUCUUUCUAUUUCCUUAUUUCUCUUAUCACUCCUUCUUUCUCGUAUUGUGUCUUCUAUCUACUAUUUCUCAUACCGCCUGUUCAUCGCGCUCUCUCACUGUUUCUAUAUCUCUCUUUCUCUCUCUUUCUCUCUCUCUCUCUCUGUGCUCAUUUCUCAGCGUUUCUCUCUCUACAUUUCUCAUUCUAUUUCCUUAUUUCUCUUGUCUCUCUCUAUUUCUCGGAUUGUGUCUUCUCCUAUCUACCAUUUCUGAUACCGUCUGUUCCUGGUGACCUCUCACUGUUUCUAUAUCUCUCUUUCUCUUUCUCUCUCUCUCCCUCUGUCCUCAUCUCAAGCGUUUCUCUUUCUACAUAUCUUCUCUUUCCUUAUUUCUCAUAUCUCUCUUUCUUUCUCGCUCUGUGUCUUCUCCUAUCUACUAUUUCUCAUGUCGAGAAAGGCCACCAAGUGAAGACGACCGAAAAAAAACCCAAAAAACCUAUGCGACCAGGGUGA